UUGUGUUUCCCAAUAAGGAUCGUCAUGUGCAAAGAAAAAUAUAUCUAACAAAGUUUCCUAUCAUCCUAUAAUCUAAAUCCACGUAUAGAACCUGUGUAUCAAGAAUUUGAAAAGUAAAUUUACGUAGUUUAUUCAAUUCAUUGGCUUGACAAAAAUUUUAGGAAAUAGAAACGAAGUUUGAUUUGUGUUACAAAAAUCCUUUAAUCUUUUUGCUGAUCCUAGUUCUAUUUUUUCCAAUUGACUCACCAACAUUGUAAUAUAUCCGAAAACAUUGAAUUAAUUGAGGAUAUCCCUAACUUCCUCCAUUACGAAUCUAGCCACAAAGUUUAUGCAGCAACUAGUUCUUUGAUUUCUAUCGAUGCGCACGUCUUUGCUGUUUUAAUGAUUUCAAAAUGCGUCUGAAUGUCAUAAUAUUAUUUUAUGUUGCUAAAAGUGUGUUAGGUUCUAAAUAUAAAAAUACUACUCUGGAUCCUGCUUCGCGACAGUUAUAUAAUUUCAAAUUGCAACAUAAGGAUUAUAUCGGCAUACUGACCGACAGCAGAGGGAUACCAGUCGAACUGCGAGACACCAACACAAUUAACUCAGACCUUCUCUCUAACAGGUUUUACCUUGACAGCAUCGUUCACUUUGACAGAGAGCGAAUACCAGAACGUGUAGUCCACGCAAAGGGUGCUGGUGCUUUUGGAUACUUUGAAGUUACUCACAAUAUCUCUAAAUAUACUAAAGCAGAUGUAUUCAAUGAGAUUGGAAAGAAGACUCCACUUGUCGCGAGAUUUUCUUCCCUAAUUCAAAAUCUAGGAGGCUCAGACCUCUCCAGAGAACCGAGGGGUUUCGCUGUAAAAUUGUUUACAAAAGAAGGGAAUUUAGAUCUACUAGGAGCGCAUAUUCCAGUGUUCUUUUUCAGAGAUGCUCUCCUAUUUUCCUCGUUUGUCCAUAGUUUUAAGAGAAACCCUCGAACAAAUCUUAUUGACAAUAAUAUGCGCUGGGAUUUCCUCUCACUUAAGCCAGAAUCGAUACAUGCUUUUUUGUGGCUUCUGUCUGAUUACGGAAUACCAAACGGAUACAGACAUAUGAAUGGCUACCCGAUACAUACUUACGUUCUCAAUAACAAGCACGGCGAGAAUUAUUAUGCUAGAUUUAACUUCAGCACAGAACAAGGGAUUGAACAUUUGUCCAGUGAAGAUGCAAAGGAGAUACAAGGACGUGAUCUUGACUAUUUCAGAAGAGAUCUUUACAAUUCCAUUGAAAAUAAGAAGUAUCCAGCGUGGAAAUUACAAAUGGAUGUUAUGACAAGGAACGAUAUAAAACAAGCCAGUUUCAAUCCAUUCGACGUUACAAGACAAUGGCCAAAAUGGAGCUAUCACACAGUUCCUAUAGGUCGGUUGGUGUUGAAUAAGAAUCCAGACAACUUCUUCAAAUCAAUAGAGCAAGUAGCAUUCGAUCCCUUCACUAUAGUUCCUGGAAUUCCUGGGCCUCAAGACCAACUGUUCAGAGGCCGCCAUUUGCUUUAUCGUGACGCUGCCAACUACAGAUUAGGGAUAAACUAUGAUAAAAUUGAUGUGAACUGUCCUAAGUAUGCUAAAACAUAUGUAAGAGAUGGCAUUGCACCGGUUAGUGAAAAUAUGGGUGAUGCUCCAAACUAUUUCCCUAAUUCGUACAACGGUCCAAUGCCUUACAUUGACCAAGACAGAUCAAGUGAAAGGUUACUUGAGUACGAAAGCAGUGCUGCUGAUUUUCAACCAGCUGCAAACUUCUACAAUUAUUACGUAGCAGACGAAGCACACAGACAACGCUUAGCGAAGAAUGCAGCGGAGACUCUCGCCACAGUAACUCCUCCAGUACUUAAGCGAGUAUUGAAGCUGCUGAGACUGAUCGAUAAUGACUUAGGAAAACGAGUAACUUUGGCUUUGCCUGAAGCGAGAGCUGAGAAUGCAAAACAUAGGUAAAGAAAUAAUUUUUUUUAUUCGGGAACCUUAAUCGGAUUAGCAAAGAGAAUUUGAACUAGAGGUGCAUUGUCAAAGAAAACUUUAUAGCCACGUAAAUUUACUGAUCUUUCGACACACGCUUAAAAGUUUUAGAACGCCAUUUGACUUUGAUCCUUAUUAUUUCACUGAUAUGUGUUCAAUUUGUAAAACAUCAAAAAGUGGCGCCAUCUUACCGGUCAAAAUCUAAAGGUUAUGGCGCCAUCGCUCGAAACGAUGUUGCUAUACGUUUGGCGUUUGAUCUAUUAGAUGGCGCCACUUUUUGAUAUUUAACUUAUUUAACACAUAUCAGUGAAAAAAUAAGGAAGCGUUCUAAAAGUGUUAAUCAUAUGUUGAAAGAUGGCACUGUGGCUACAAAGUUUUCUGUGACAAUCCACCUCUAUUUCAAAUUCUCUUUGGUAUUAGUAACAAUACGAUAACAUAUACUUAUUUAUGAAAUAUUUUUUGAACUAAGGUUAACUUAUUUUAAUACGUAGAAUUUUAUUAUAAACAAACAUCAUCUCGACAAUCUAUAGAAGAUUUAUUUAUAUAUUUAUAUGUAUAUACUCGUAUAAUUAUGUCAUAGUCUCAGUGAUGAAACUAAAACUGUUUUUUACUUAUAAUAAUUAUAGCAAUUUUACUUAAAGAUGUUCCGUUCUUUGUGCAAACAUGACGGUUGAGUGAUCAUUGAGUUAGUGAAGUGAGUGAGCACUCAUCAGCAUAAUGUAUUUAUUUCCAUGUAAAAUAGAAUAGUUUCAUAAUUGUAACACGGUUAAGAAGGCAGUUUGCGUCAGUCAAGAAUUUACUGCAAUUUUGUAACAGAACAGGAAGCAUUUCCUUGCGUUAGCGAUUAAAUUGCGGAAUCGUUAACUUUGUUUUUAUUUCGGUUAAGGACAUAAUGUUUAUCUUGUCUAUAUCAAGGUGUGGCCUAAUUGACUUCUAAGAUAUUAAUAGGGAAAACAUGGGAAGGUCUUCAACAGGUAAGCUAGAAAACGCUAACGAUAUUAGUUCUUAACCGA